GUGGAAUUCUGAUAAUUAUUAAAUAUGUAUUUAUCUAUGCCUCUUGACAUUUGCUUCUGAUGAAAACAACACACCAUCCAGGUCGACUGCCAAGGGCACACUUCAAAAAGAAACAAAAUAAUUUAUUUGUGCUUAAUAGAUACAAGUAAAGAUUUUGAAAUGGAUAUCAUUAUGGUUUUACAAUAAUAAAAAAUGCAGUUUUUGACAUAUAAAAGUAAAUAUUUAUCAUUAAAAGAAAAAAAAUCCAUUAAGUGGUGGUCGUAAAAUCGUCUUCCAGCCAGCAGGGGGCGGCGUUUCCAUUCUGGUAGUCGGAGAGGAAGACAAAAUGGCGAUUGUUGGAACAGGGCGGUCUGUGCACGCGGGUGUACUGUCUUCCGUUCCUCUGCAGCUGCUGCUCCGCCUCACCAGCAUCUAUUUCAUCGUUUAUUUUCUGUUCACUCUCGGUUUGCUCGUCAAAAAGAGUGUGGUGUUGUCCUAUCCCCCGGAUGCUCUGGUUUAUGAUGUUGCACUGCUGUUCCUGCUGGCUGCCCUGGAGGUUCUCCACCUCCUCUGUGGUGUGAAGGGUAACCUGACUGAGAGUGGGGGCUACAUUCUGGCUAACAUCAUUGUGACGGCUGCGACUAUCCUGUUGACGGUUUACUUCCUGGUUUGGCAGACUUAUGUCAUGCGAGCGGAUGUCAUCAUCAGCGGCAUCCUUCUGGCUGCGUAUAGCUUAGAUGGAGUUCUGGCUGUCAGCACAUUAGCCAGAUUUGCCAGCGCCUACUCAUGAAGAAGACUGCCCUUGAUUAUCAUCUAUGCUUUAACUGCAAACUUGUCAAUAUUUUGUGUGAUAAAUCUUGAAUGGAACACUGCUGGACGGUUUGACUGUGAUCAAAAUAAUCUAUGUUUUUUUCCCUGUUUUUUGCUAUAAAAAUGUGUAGAUAUCAAUUUUGCAUUGAUUGUUUUGCAUUUAUAAUAAAAACAUUGAUAGGCUUUA